AUGAUCGAGCGACCCAAUAACACAGUGAACGCCAUCAAACAGCGGUUCCGGAACCAGCAACGAGCACGGCAGGAGCAUUUCAGUGCUUCAUCGUCAUCGCGAAGUGCAGUCAGCAAUUCCUAUUCAUCCAUCGUAGAGCGGCUCAAGGUCGCCUACCCGACCUUGUUUAGCACCAACCUCGGACGGUGUACGAAAGCAACGGUAAAGCUCGACCUCAAGCCAGGACAAAGGUCAGUGUUUCGUUCAAAACGUCCCGUGGCCUUCGCCAUGUACCAGGCUGUCGCUGAUGAGCUUGACCGUCUCGAGUGUUUGCGGAUCAUCACACCAAUCGACUAUUCGGAGUGGGCUGCUCCGAUUGUGGUGGUUCGGAAGGCGAACGGCAGUAUUCGGAUUUGCGGUGACUAUUCCACGGGCUUGAACGACGCUCUCCAGCCGCACCAAUACCCGUUGCCGUUGCCGCAAGACAUCUUAAUCAAGCUCGCCAACUGCAAGGUAUUCAGCAUCAUCGACAUGUCAGACGCGUACCUGCAGUUUGAAGUCGACGAAUCAUCGAGUAAGCUCCUCGCAAUUAACACCCACCGGGGCAUCUACAAAGUCAACCGACUGGCACCCACACUAAAAGCUGCGCCGGGAGCAUUCCAGCAACUCGUUGACACCAUGUUGGCGGGUCUCAAGCACACUUGCGGUUACAUCGAUGACAUCGUAGUUGGCGGAGAAGAUGAGGAACAGCAUUGGCGCUCCUUCGGACGUCAGCAGAUUAUAUAUCUUAGACACUUACUUGAUCACCAUGGAGUUCGUCCCGAUCCAACCAAGAUCGAAGCCAUCAAGCUCAUGCCGGCACCCACGGAUGUGUCGGAGUUCGGUCGUUUCUCGAACCAGUAA